AUGUCUUCUGAAAAAGACCCAUUAGUUAGCGAAAGAUCGGGAACCGUUCGAGAAGUUGGAAAUCACGCAAUUUGGAGUUUGUCGUCUUGUAAGCCAGGGUUUGGUAUAGAUCAGUUAAGAGAUGACUGCAUGGAUACAUACUGGCAAUCUGACGGGCAACUUCCUCACUUGGUGAACAUUCAGUUUCAAAGGAAAACAAUGGUGUCCCACAUCUACAUAUACACAGAUUACAAGCUUGAUGAAAGUUACACACCCAGCCGGAUAUCGAUUCGAGCUGGAACACAUUUCAAUGAUUUACAAGAAAUUGAAGUGAUUGAGCUGAUUGAACCUAGUGGUUGGGAAAUGAUACCAAUCAAGGAUAUUCAUGACAGGCCAAUCAGAACCUAUAUGAUCCAAAUAGCAGUACUCAGCAACCAUCAAAACGGAAGAGAUACACAUAUGCGCCAAAUCAAAAUUCAUUCACCCUGUGAACCAACAUCAUUUGAUAUUAACAAGUUCAGAAAUUUCUCUACAGUACAGUUCCAGCAAUAUGCUACUAUCCGUUAG